GGGGAGCGAGUUCAUUGGAUCAAACAUGUCACAAGAGUCGGACAAUAAUAAACGACCAGUGGCCUUAGUGCCCAUGCCCAAUGACCCUUCAUUCAACACCCGAAGAGCCUAUACUAGUGAGGAUGAAGCCUGGAAGUCGUAUUUGGAGAAUCCCCUGACGGCAGCCACCAAGGCGAUGAUGAGUAUCAAUGGUGAUGAGGAUAGUGCUGCAGCGCUUGGCCUGCUGUAUGACUACUACAAGGUUCCUCGAGACAAGAGAAUGCUGUCAGUGAGUAAAGCCAGUGACAAUCAAGAAGACCAGGAUAAAAGAAACUGCCUCGGCUCCGGUGAAGCGCAGAGCAAUGUGAGUGGCGGGGAAAACCGAGUGCAGGUCCUAAAGACUGUUCCCAUGAACCUUUCCCUCAAUCAAGACCACCUGGAGAAUUCCAAGCGGGAACAGUACAGCACGAGCAUCCCCGAGGGCCCGGUGGUGGUCUCCGUGUCGGGGGUCACUGUGGUGAAAGCAGAGGAGUUCACACCCGUCUUCAUGGCCCCGCCGGGGCACUACCCCCGGGGGGACGGCGAGGAGCACCGCGUGGUGGUCUACGAACAGUCGCAGUUUGACGUGCCCCCCAUCGCCACCCACAGCACCUAUCUCAAGGAAGACCAGCGCAGCACCCCGGACAGCACCUACAGCGAGAGCUUCAAAGACGGACCCACCGAGAAAUUUCGGAGUGCUUCUGUUGGGGCUGAAGAGUACAUGUACGACCAGACUUCAAGUGGCACGUUUCAGUACACCCUGGAAGCCACCAAAUCUCUGCGCCAGAAGCAAGGGGAGGGCCCCAUGACCUACCUCAACAAAGGACAAUUCUAUGCCGUGACACUCAGCGAGACCGGAGACAACAAAUGCUUCCGACACCCCAUCAGCAAAGUCAGGAGCGUGGUGAUGGUGGUGUUCAGUGAAGACAAAAACCGAGACGAACAGCUGAAAUACUGGAAGUACUGGCACUCUCGGCAGCACACGGCGAAGCAGAGGGUUCUUGACAUCGCCGAUUACAAGGAAAGCUUUAACACCAUUGGGAACAUCGAAGAGAUUGCGUACAAUGCUGUUUCCUUCACCUGGGAUGUGAAUGAAGAAGCAAAGAUUUUCAUCACGGUGAAUUGCCUGAGCACAGAUUUCUCCUCCCAGAAAGGAGUGAAAGGACUUCCUUUGAUGAUUCAGAUUGACACCUACAGUUACAAUAAUCGCAGCAAUAAACCCAUUCACAGAGCCUAUUGCCAGAUCAAGGUCUUCUGCGACAAAGGAGCAGAAAGAAAAAUUCGAGAUGAAGAGAGGAAACAGAACAGGAAGAAAGGGAAGGGCCAGGUCCCCCAAACCCAAUGCAACAACUCCUCUGAUGGGAAACUGGCUGCGAUACCUUUACAGAAGAAAAGUGACAUCACCUUCUUCAAAACGAUGCCUGAUCUACACUCACAGCCGGUGCUCUUCAUUCCGGACGUCCACUUUGCCAACCUGCAGAGGACCGGACAGGUGUAUUACAACACGGAUGAUGAACGAGAAGGGAGCAGUGUCCUGGUCAAGCGGAUGUUCAGGCCGAUGGAGGAGGAGUUUGGUCCAGCCCCUUCUAAGCAGAUGAAAGAAGAAGGGAUCAAGCGAGUGCUUCUGUACGUGAGGAAGGAGACUGACGACGUGUUUGACGCGCUGAUGUUGAAAUCUCCCACCGUGAAAGGCCUGAUGGAAGCGAUAUCUGAGAAGUACGGGCUGCCGGUGGAGAAGAUCACAAAACUUUACAAGAAGAGCAAAAAGGGCAUCCUGGUGAACAUGGACGACAACAUCAUCGAGCACUACUCGAAUGAGGACACGUUCAUCCUCAACAUGGAGAGCAUGGUGGAGGGCUUCAAGAUCACGCUCAUGGAAAUCUGAGCCCCGCUCCCCGCAGCACCUUCACCCCAGGACCGACAGAGGCCCCCACCCCAGAUCCACAGCCCCAACUCACCCGUCUCACAAUCGCUGUUACAAGACUGUGCUGGGCAAAGAGCGGGCACGGACCGACGUCUCACUCGCUGUCAGUGUAUUUGUCCCAUCUGCUCGGGCACAUUCAGUGGAGCUGAAGCCUGGCCGAGCCCCUCGGGCCCUGCUUUGGACCUUGACAAAUCCUUAUUUAUUGCCCACCUUUUUUCUGAGCCUGGGGGUGGGGUGCAGGUGGGUGUCCAGGACCCUGCAGGUCACACAGCUGGCUCUGGAAGAGGCCAUCGGAGCCUUCCUCUUCAAAGGAAACAUAGCCACUGGGUUCAUCUGGAAGCACUCCCUACGCCUUUCUCCCACGUGCCCUGAAUAGCUGGACCAAACAAGCUGCUUCCUUGUGCAGAUGUCACGGGUGCACUAAGAGGUGGCUGCCCCACUUACUAGUCAAACACCUUCAGGUUGCUCUGGGAGGGAGAGGUCAUCUUGCUCAAUAUUUCCCCGGAGGAGUUGGAAGCAAGUGGCCACAGGGACUUGUACAGGAAGGCAUUCCGCUACAAUGUAAUUAGUAGGUGACAAAGGAAGGACACCUGACUCUGUACAUAAUGUUUAUAAUAUUGCAAUAAUAUAUUUUACCUAUGGUACGUGGGCAUGUUUACUGCCACUGGCCUACGGAGGCACAUACCGGGAGACCUGGCUUUCUGCCUGUGCGCCUGUUCACGCAGUAUCCUUCGGGCUGGGGAAGUGACCUUCGGGCAUCAGGGCACUGUAGAGGGUGCCAAGAUGAACUCUCAAGUGGCCCCGCCCUGGGGACACAUUCCCUGUCCCUGGAGGAAACACCCUCUCUUCCCCGGGUCCACGGCUUUCCCACAAGGCCACCACACUCAUCUCUCGGGGAUGCACUUUUCUGGACUCAUCCUUCGAGCUGCCUCCGAGAUAGCUCCUAUUGCCUGAUAUUCUAGCACCUUCUCCAGGUCUGGGGCUAGGCUCUGCCUGAGCUUUGUGGAGAGGACUCUGCGGAGGCUUUGUCACAAGGUCCCAGCUGCUGAAGCUGGCUGGCUGCAAAACUGCCUGGCGAUGCUAGGAACCUGGACGUUAUGCAGUGCUGCACAAUUUACAAGCACAUCCUUCAUCUCACGUGGCUGCUUCAGCCCCACUGCAGUUCUCAGGGCAGUGCCAACAGCCCGGCUGCAACCAGCAGACCUCGGCAUCCUCUUGGGCUUCCCCUGCUGGAGCCCCUGGAAAAGGAGGCUUCUCUGCUCCUGGGUGACAGCUGAGGAAGUAGCGGAGCCUGUGGGUGAGCAUGCCUUGGGAACCCCUAUGCUUCUGCCAGCUGACACAGGAUGGGCCUGGGAGAGCCAGUGAAGAGAAGAAAUGCCUCCUAGACACGCACGCACCCGUCAAUCAUGGCAGGCCCCUGUUCUCCUAGAGAGGACAGACAGGUAGCCAAGGGGCUUGCAUGCACCCCCUGAAGAUGGAAGCACUCGCUUUUGGGUAGCCUGGGAAAACCUCCCACCCACCGUCCACCCAAGGUCCCGACCUAGGGCAGGUUCCAGGCCUAGAUCGUUUGCAAAGCACUUUGACAUCUUACCUGAAGGCCCCUCUCUGGUCUCCCUGCCCCUCGACUUCAUCUGUGCUGGGGCCUCCAGCAGCACCGAGGGACGGCUGCCAGCCCAGCGCUUUCUCCCAGAUGCCGCAGGGGAAUCUCACGGACUGGGAGCAGGGGCUGAGUCCAAGAAGGUCUCUGGGUGGGGGCCAGGAGCCACCUUUCUGUGUGUCCACUGGGCAUGUCACCCCUCCUGUGGUGCCAAGGAUUUGCUUCCUGGGUCCCACUCUACGCCAACUCUGCCUCCUGCCCUGGACUAGCAGCGUGGUCACCACCCUGUGGAAGGGUAGGCGUGUGCUCCGAGAUGGACCAGUCAGUGUUGGAAAUACGCGAUGUACUAUGCACUACUCACGCUUGGGCUAAGCACACACACAUUCUAACGUGGUUGGUAGAGUGAAUGGCCAGUGUGAUCGGGCUGAAGCAUAGGACUCCAGGUCAGGCAGCCACAGAGGGGCUACCUUGAGAAGCCUGGUGCAGGCUACCUGGCCGCUCCAGCUUCUUUGAGAACCAUUUGCUGGGCCUGCCCUAAGGCAGGGCAAAUCAGAGAUGCUUUUGCAUUUGCCCAUAGCCCCUGGGCAAUCAGGACCGUAAUCAGAACAACGUACCUGUGGCCGCCUUGGGCAGAUGCUGAGUGUUCGCCCCCCGUUGGACUGUCCACUUGGAGAAUCCGAGGCUUACCUUUAAAGUGUACAUUAGCAGAGCUUCAAUGAAUCCUGCCAGGCAAAACUCCCCAGGCAAAAACACUCCAGAAAGAUAGGAAAACCUGCCCCCUCAGCCCCCCACCCUGUUUUUAUUGUCCCUUAAAUUAAUCACACUCAACAAAUAAGCUUUUUUUUUUUUUUAAUCCAUGGGCAAUGGGGGACUUGGGAAGCCAGCCCCUUCCCUCUAUGUCCCACACAGGUUUGACUUGCCGAGCGUUUGGAAAUUGGGCCUCACUGAAUAACGCGAUCACCUUGGAAUUUGUUCCCGAUUGACAAGGACACGUCCCGGACCAGAGACUUAGGAAGCAUGAAAUGAUCAAAUGUUUAGUUUCCUCCUCCUUUUUUAAAUUUGAAAUCAUGGAAAAUGUCAGAGAGAUAGUGGGUUUGUGCCAAAUUCUACAACGGCCCUUUCUUACCAUCUAAGCAAGGGCGAUCAAUACACUUACCAUUUGCUCUCACGUUCAAACAAAAAGAGGAAUGUAACUUAAUAGUUUUGUAAAUGGGAGAGGGGGAAUCUAUAAAUAGCUAUUUUAUUUUUUGUACAUUUUUAAGAAGAAAAAUAAA